AAUAUGGCGGUGGCCAUCGGAGUGUUGUGAGUUGGAGUGGACUCGGUGAAGUUUUUAGGUGCUUUCCGGGACGAUGUGAAGUCAAAAAGUAGCCAGACUGUGACAUAAGUGUCAUGCAAUCAGUUGUACAAUACGGGAGAUGUCUUUCCCGGACUCUAGUGACUGUCAUAACCAGUGAACUUUCCCUACCCUGGAAAAAUAGAACUGGACGUGAACGCAGUUUGCACCUAGUUACGGCGGCUUCAGGCUACGGGAACCAUUCGCAUUCUCCCGCUGAAGUGCUGAAAAAGUGGUCUUUCGGUGAUGAUGCUUGCUUCAUUGCGAAGCACAAGUUAUCGGACAUUCUAGGCGUUGCUGAUGGUGUCGGAGGCUGGCGGUCAUAUGGAGUGGAUCCCUCCGAGUUCUCCAGUAAGCUUAUGCAAACAUGUGAACGCAUGGUCAAUCGGGGCCAUUUCCGUCCUCAAGCACCAGCAGAACUUUUGGCAGCCAGCUAUAGUGAAAUAUUGGAGAACAAGGAAUCUCUGAUAGGAAGCUGCACGGCGUGCCUGGUUUCACUCAAUCAAGAGGAAAAGACCGUCUACACCGCCAACUUAGGUGACAGUGGCUUCCUUAUUGUAAGGAAUGGCCAAGUUAUUCAUAGAUCUGAGGAACAACAACAUUACUUCAAUACUCCGUUCCAGCUGAGCGUGGCACCUCCUACACAUCGUGGACGAGUAUUAAGUGAUAGUCCCGAGGCAGCUCAGAGGACGUCUUUCGGGGUCCAGAUAGGUGAUAUUAUCCUGCUGGGAACGGAUGGUCUUUUUGAUAAUCUUUCUGAUGAUAUGAUACUCGAUCAGUUACAAGAUCUGAAGGGAACCUCUAUGGAAUGUAUACAACAGAUAGCUAAUUCCUUAGUUAAAAAGGCUUUACAAGUAGCUUUUGAUCCAGAGUGUAUGUCACCGUUUGCUCUGUCUGCAUGUGAACAUGGUAUAGAAUGUGUAGGUGGUAAGCCCGAUGAUAUCACGGUACUACUAGCCCGUGUAGAAGAACAAGAGUCUUAACAACCGUUCAACUCCUAGAGGAAGAGAAUUCGAUUUUAAAGCAAGUUUUUUGCUGUUAGGAUCAUACUUCUUUUAUCUUCAAAGAGAGCUUUGCUGCCUUUAUCUAACCAGGUUUGAAUGUUUGGGGAGUCACUUUCUUUACUAGGAAUAUGAGUUUUGCGCAUAAAAUAUCAUCAUAACAAUUCAACAGAUGUUCACUCACUACAGGCUCAUCUGAAAUACUGUGGUUGCCAAAUUUUCCAUAAAGCCAAAAUUUGUAAAAUAUUCUUUAGUUUCUUGUGCUAGUAUUUAUCUUGUCUGUGUAACUCCGUAAAAGUGUUUUCAGAAAAUACACCAAGGUGUUAAACUAGGACACCUGAUAGCUAUUUUGAUGUUAUUUCUGUAUAUGGGUCACAACAUCUGUCAAAUCAUCCAGGCGAGCUGGUAAGAGGGGGUGGGGCAGCUAUUUGAGAUGAAAAUUUGUUAAAUCAAACUUGUUUUGAAAGUUCCCAUGACUGUGUACGGUGUUCUCCACGAGGCCAUUUGUCAGGGCAGUCUACCCUACCUUGGCAGCUUACCACCCUACCUUGCUCUAGAUUUCAUAAAGGGUUUCUAUGGGGCCACCCUACCUUAAAUUAUUGGCCACCCCACCUUGUGUUGCACAGUGGCAAAACUUCUUGAAUAUCAAGGAUACCACCUCACGUUGAUAAAACCCUGUGGAGAACUGUGUGUGUACCAUGUUGGACACAAAGUCGCUUUCUUUAGUUUUGACCAAUAAUAGAUAAGUGUUCAGUAGUUUGUAAAUGUAUAUUAGAUGUAAGCAAGUGUAAAUAUUGAAGGGAGUGAGUGAGAAUUACUUGCAUGAUGGUGUGUGUUAGGCACUCUGAUGUACAGAGUAGUAAUUUUUUAUAAAUUUUGUAACUUUGUGUGAUGACAAUGGAGAUUUUGUGUGUUAUGUAGUUGAAGUAGAAAAAACUUUGAUCUGUUUCUGAUGGCCCGAAGGUGGCAGGGUUCUUUGUGCUGGUCCCUUUGUCUCAGUACAGUGACAGAGGCAGAGCGCUCACAGCAGCAUUACCCGAUCAGAAACAGGCCUGUGUGUAUUUUGUGCCUCUAGUUGAACUAGAGACUUCCAGGGUAGAAUUUAAUGUGUUUGUUAUUUUUUCUUGAGGGUUGUUUAAGAAAUAGUACUGCAGCAAUUCAGGGGAAUGAUCUCAAUAACUAUACAUGUAAGCAUGUACAUGUAAGAAAGUACAUGUACUUGAUGUAAGUUUAUAAAUUUUUGUUUAUUUGUGUAAAACUACCAAUGUAAAAUGUUCCAGAACAUCAUUCACACCCACAGUCCUACU